GGUCAUUCUUGUCAUUUCACUGGUUUGGAGGCUAGUUUAGUCAAAGCAGCUUUGAAUGUUCGAAGCAAAGAUGAGGAAUUGCAAAGCCUUGUUGAAAUUAAAAUGAACUUCUCGUCAUCAUUCAGGUAACACUGAUUCUUUCUUUCUGGUUUAUCCUUUGUUAUAAACUUCGAGUUUUAUUUCGGAAUCGAUUUUGUUGGAUUGCGCAAAUGGUUUCAAAUGAGGUUGAUGAUUGCAUUGAAGAAGCAAAUGGUGAAGAUCAACAGAUUUUAGAUGCAAGCACUCCAAAACUUACAGAAUAUGUUUUGAUCCGUGUUCCUUCGAUUAAAACAAAAGAUUCAGAUCACAGAAGCAAGAGAAGGAGACUACUUGAUAUAUUGAAAGCUCGACCUUCUCGAGCAUGGCUCAAGAAAUUCAAGUUCUCAUCACCUUUCACCGCAUGUCGGGAAGCUGUAAAAGAACACGAAGAGGUCUCCCUCUCAGUCCCGACUCCUGCUGGUGCUCGCCGGUUUCACGUCCAAUUCAUAAGGAAAAUCAACUGGUCUACAACUUUAAAUGUUCUCAAGGACUGGAUGAAGAAUCCAAUGAACAUUGCUCUAUUUAUCUGGUUAAUCUGUGUCGCAGUUUCCCUUGUAAUGCUUGCACUACUCCUUCUCGGCUUAUUAGACCAAGCAUUUCCAUCACAAGCCUUGCAAAACUACUGGAUUGAGAUCAACAACCAAGUCCUCAAUGCUCUCUUCACUCUAAUGAGUUUGUAUCAGCACCCAAAUCUAUUUCACCACAUGGUUUUACUUUGCCGAUGGAGAUCGGAAGAUAUAACUGAACUUAGAAAGAUUUACUGCAAGAAUGGAGCUUACCGGCCUCACGAAUGGGCUCAUAUGACGGUUGUUGUUGUCCUCCUUAACAUCGCUUGUUUUUCACAGUAUUUCUUGUGUGCUCUCUACUGGGAAUACAGAAACAGUGAUCGGCCGGAGAUUCCUGAAACUCUGUUAGUCAUAUUAGGCACAGCAACACCAGUUAUUGCCGGAAUUUACACUGUUUACAGUCCUCUUGGAAAAGAGUACGAGUCCAAUUCGAAUGAUUCCAAUGAAGAGGAAUCUUCCACGAAGCAAUUGAAUAAAACCGGAUUAAAAUUGUAUAGUAGGAAAGCGGAAGCAAGCAGACCAGAAUGGGCAGGAGGACUGUUUGAUUGUGGCGACGAUGUUACCGCUUGCUCUCUGUCAUUCUUCUGCACAUGCUGUGUUUUGGGAUGGAACAUGGAGAGACUUGGAUUUGGAAACAUGUAUGUUCAUAUGGUACUUUUCCUCCUUCUCUGCAUUGCCCCUUUCUUCAUUUUCAACGUCUCGGCGUUGAAUAUUCACAAUGACGUUAUCGCUGAUGUCGUUGGCAUCACCGGAAGAGUCAUUUCCGUGUUUGGUUUGCUCUACGGUGGCUACUGGAGGAUCGAAAUGCGGAAAAGGUUUAAGCUUCCGGGUAACACUCACUGCUGUGGCUCCGAAUCUCUUACCGACUACCUUCAAUGGAUGUUUUGUUGGUCUUGUUCAUUGGCUCAAGAAGUAAGAACAGCAAAUUUGUAUGACAUUGAAGAUGGCAAUCUUUACAGGAAGGAAUUUAUCGAUAUCAUCGAUGAUAAUAUUGGUAAUACCGAUAGUGAUGACGACGAAGAAUUCGAUUCUAUUCUGCAACCAUUAAAUCCUUCAUCUUCAAGUGAAUCAGAAGAGUCCUGUGAAUUACCUCUCAGUGAUCCAAUGGCACCGCCAACUCAACCUUCAAUGCAGUUACAAGAAACAAAUGAAAUUGUUCAUGAUUCACAAUUGAUACAAAAAGAAGCAACAGACAAAACAGAUACUUUGUGAAUUACUGUUAGUAAUUAUUCUUCAGUAAAAUAUCAAAGGCAAGAUUUCUGAUUU